AUGGAAAAAUACAAGUGCAAAUAUUGUUAUAGAAGUUUCUCCAACGGAAGAGCAUUAGGCGGACACAUGAGAUCACACAUGAUGAACCUACCAAUUCCUCCCAAACCAAACGGCUCACCACCAUCACCACCACCACCACCACCCCCGACGAUUCAACUCAGUUUCGAAGCCGAGUCAGAUUCAUCUCCUUCAUCUUCAUCUCUCUAUAGCCUAAGAGAGAAUCCAAAACGAAGCUUCAUUUUCACAGAUCCCAAUCAAUUCAUCGACGCCGGUUCUAUAAUUCUCCAAGAAAACAGAGAAAGCGAAACCGAAACCGAGUCGUCGAAAAAUCCAACUCGUCCACGAUCCAAACGGGUCAAGAAACUCGACAUGGCGAAACCGAACGAGUCGGUGCUGAGUUCUUCUUCGGAUAUAACUACCGAAGAAGACAUCGCUUUUUGUCUCAUGCUGCUUUCUCGCGACAAUAACAACAAUUGGCGAACACGAACACGAACACGAACACAAACACAAACACGACAUCACAAUUAUGAUGAUCAAGAACAACAACAUCGUUAUUAUGUCGAUGAAGACGAAGACGAAGAUGAAGAAGAAGUCGAAGAAAUGGAAGAAGAAGAAAGUGAAGCUGAAUCUGAGGAACUGAAACCGUUGAAGAAAGUACGAGGAAGAUACAAAUGUGACACGUGUAACAAAGUGUUUCGAUCUUAUCAAGCACUUGGAGGACACAGAGCGAGUCACAAGAAAACUAAAUUACUUGCUGCAAGUGGUGCCUAUUCAACUUCACAACAUGAUGAGAAAAUUAACAUUGAAAACAUUAAUGUUGUUGAAAAGAAAAUUCAUGAAUGUCCUGUUUGUUUUAGAGAAUUUUCUUCAGGUCAAGCACUUGGUGGACAUAAGAGAACACAUGGUAUUGGAACUUCAUCAGCAUCAACAACAACAAUAGCAGCGGUUACAACACCAACAACAAGAAACGCUGAGGUUGUUAUUCGAAGUUCUGCGAAAUUCGGAGGUAGUUUGUUAGAUCUAAAUCUUCCUGCUCCUAUGGAUGAUGCUGAUGGUGGUUCUGCGGUUUCGGAUGCAUAA